GUGGCGUAUCGGCCUGUGGAAGCCCGUGGACACUGUAUGAAUCGACGGUCGCUGCUCGAAGUGGACCGCACGUUGGGUUCUCAGCUUGGAGACAGACCGUUCAUCCUGGCCAUCGUCAAUCCGUCUAGAUCGGAUGAGAUGAGCCUGACAGUGGAUGGAUACGCGCACUACUACCACAACCCUAACCGUUUGCUGCCGGUGAAUAAGGCAUUAG